AUGGAGUGGAUUAUCUGUCUUUUGUUUUUUGCGAGUGCUUCUAUAGCUGCGAAUGAGACGGUGAUCGGCGCAAACACUCGCCUGCUGAACAACAUCCUCAGCUAUGUUGAUGAGGGAGAAGACGCCUGCAAUAAUUACUUCCAGCAUGCGUGCGGCAAGUACGCGGCUAGGCACAUAGAUGACCCCUUCACUGAAAUCACCCAGAUGCUCGACCACAAAGUCAACCAAAAUCUGCUCCAGCUAAUGGACGAACUGGAGAGAAGCUCACGGAUGCCCGGCUUUAACGAGGGCACUGUUGAGGCAAAGGCCCUACGUUUUUACCUCACCUGCCGCGAUGCUCCGGCCAGCACGCGCAAUAUCUCGCACUAUCUGCGACUGGCACCUCCAGCCGAUGGACUAACGUGGCCUCAAUUCAGCCCCAGAGGCACGGUUUGGCCCAAGGAUCAGUUCAAGUGGAUGGAGACCCUGGCACAUCUUCACCGUUACGGCCUCAGAAACGUGCUAAUUAACGUUCUGAUCAUACCAAGACUUGAAAACAGAGAGGAGAUUGUCGUCGACAUUAGCAUGCCGCUCUUUGAGUCGCAGCAUCUAAAUGGGUUUACCGAAACCGUUGCUAUGCUCCGUAUGAUGGGUGUUAAGCCUAAAGGCUCCAUAACACAGGCGAUUAAGAUAAGGCGACUAGAGUCGGCUGUUAAAACCUUAACGGAAGCUGACGAAGACCCUGACAUCCAGCUUAUGACUGUACAUCAGUUAGAGCGCAGAAAUGGCCACGUCUGGCGCAAAUUUAUAGAGACAGUAGUAGGUCACACCAUUCCCAAUGACUUGCGUGUGCAGUUCCAGAACUUGGACUAUUUCAGCGCCCUCAAUCGCCUAAUGGAGUCAUCGGACGCCGAGGUGGUGGUUAACUAUAUAAUGUCCCGCUUUGUGCUCCACCUGCUGGAAGAUACAAUGGAGAGCGCAGAGCCCAUUCAAUGUAUAAUGGAUCUGCGGCGCAAUAUGAAUCUGGCCACUAAUCUAUUCUAUAAAGAGCGAUUUCUCCAGCCCCAAGCUUUGCAGCGAAACACAUUGGAGGUCGAGAAGAUCAUCAACCAACUGAGUCGCCAGUUCCUAUUGCAGAUCGAGCGCAAUCGGCUUGGAUUGACCGCCAGGCAGCGCAGGAUGGUCGCCCGGAAGGUUCAGUCCAUCUCCCUUAAUAUUGGCAAUCUGCCAAAGAAUCUGGAUCAUCAAAGCUUCGUCAGUCAGUUCUAUGACGAAUUGGAAAUAUCAACAGGUGAUUUGGAUUACAACCGGGAGCACCUAAAGUUGCUGCGGUUCCGCACCCGAAAGGAAAUGGCACAACUUGGUCAUCCUGCGCCGAGUGUAGGAGAAUAUUUCUACAUGGCCGAGUCCAAUUCGGCCAUGAACUCAGGCCCAAUGUUCAUGAUGCGCCAGAAUGUGAUCAUAGUGCCGCACGGUAUUCUGCAGGAGCCGUUCUUCUUACCCGAUAGUCACGAUGUGUUCAAGUACAGUCUUCUGGGAUUCGUUCUCGCCCACGAGCUGAUGCACGCCGUCGACGGCACUGGAAUCUUGAUCGAUAGCCAUGGUAACCACUUUGAAAUGGGCGGUGAGAUCCUUAGCUCAUCACGCUUCGAAGAAGGCUUGGAGUGCAUGAAUCGGAAUAAGACUCAGUACCUCGACGAACGAGUAGCAGACAUAUCCGGCUUAAGUCUGGCAUACGCUACUUAUUUUGAUAACGUCAACAACCAGAGCCGACUAGACUUCACCAACAAGUCACAGGAGCAACUUUUCUUCCUCAAUCUGGCGCAGUUCUUCUGCGGAGAUGUCGCCGCCUCAAACUUUGUGGGUCACGAUAACGAUGAGAUGCGUUUGCAGCAGCUGUUGAAUGGCUUUCAACCCUUCGACAGGGCGUUUGGAUGUCGCAGGGAUCAGACUCCGGUCGAAAAGUGCCAGCUGUGGUGAAUCCAGCUGUGAGCAAUCCAACAUUUUGAAAUUCUAACUCGUUUGAAGUCACUGCAUUAGUUUCGUUGUUUUACACAUUUAUUUGUUUUUCAAUUUUGUACCAUAUUCAACACAGAACCUUUUGCUUAGCCUUCUAAAUACAUGACGUUACAUUCCCUUUA